AUGAAGAAGAGCCGGAGCGCUCACGGGGUCACGCCGGGUGACGAGGCGAAGGAGCCCCACCCGGGGCCGUUCUCCGCCGGCAGCACUCUCGGAGUGGAGCUGUGCAGAGUGCACCGCCGCUUCUCCGGCAACCUGCAGCUGCCUCCGUUGUCAUGGCGACAGGCCGAGAAAGAGAGGGACCGCGGCAGACCGCCGACCCCGGAGGACGACCCCGUGACCUGCGCCAGGCCCACCAGCCUCCCCAUCGCCUCGCUGCCCCGCAUCGACAUCACGCAGGCCGACCCCGACAGCUUCGAAGCUGAGAAUGGCCCGUCUUCGUGCUGCAGUCCCUCAGACCCUCAGGCCUCCCCGGGUUCGGGUCUGGUUCUCCAUCCGAACCUGGCGGCUCAUGGCCAACGCCGGGAAUCCUUCCUGUACCGAUCCGACAGCGACUACGAACUCUCACCCAAGUCUCUGUCUCGGAAUUCUUCCAUUGUUGGAGAAUUGCACGGCGAGGAUUUGAUUGUGACGCCAUUCGCUCAGGUUCUUGCGAGCCUUCGAACGGUGAGGAUCAACUUCACCACCUUGACAAACGUGCAGUGUGUGUCCAAUCGGAGGUCUCCUGCAGCCAGUCAGCCCUGCGUCACUAAAGUCUGCCUGUCAGAUGAGUCCUACCAGAAACUGGCAAUGGAAACUAUGGAGGAGCUGGACUGGUGUCUGGACCAGCUGGAGACCAUCCAGACCUACCGGUCCGUCAGCGACAUGGCCUCCAACAAGUUCAAGAGGAUGCUGAACCGGGAGCUCAGCCACCUGUCCGAGAUGAGUCGCUCGGGCAACCAGGUGUCAGAGUACAUCUCCAGCACCUUCCUGGACAAGCAGAAUGAGUUGGAGCUUCCGUGUCCCGUGCCAAAGUCCAGAGAGAGGAAGAGGAGGCAGCAGCAGCAGCAGCCGCCGCCACCGGCGCCGGCUGGGAUGAUGACACAGAUCAGCGGGGUCAGAAAGGUCAGCCACACCUCCAGCCUCUCUGGAAGCGGUGGCAAUCGCUUCGGGGUGAAGACGGACCAGGAGGAGCUGCUGUCCAAGGAUCUGGAGGACAUCAACAAAUGGGGACUGAACAUCUUCAGAGUGGCCGAGCAUUCUCACAACAGGCCGCUCACCUGCAUCAUGUACACCAUCUUCCAGGAGCGAGACCUCAUGAGGACGUUCAAGAUUCCCACGGACAGCUUUGUGACCUUCAUGCUGACCCUGGAGGGCCACUACCACUCCGACGUGGCGUACCACAACAGCCUGCACGCCGCCGACGUGGCCCAGUCCACGCACACCCUCCUGUCCACGCCAGCGCUGGACGCCGUCUUCACCGACCUGGAGAUCCUCGCAGCCAUCUUUGCCGCAGCCAUUCACGACGUGGACCACCCCGGAGUGUCCAAUCAGUUCCUCAUCAACACCAACUCGGAGCUGGCUCUGAUGUACAACGACGAGUCGGUGCUGGAGAAUCACCACCUGGCCGUCGGCUUCAAACUGCUGCAGGAAGACAACUGCGACAUCUUCCAGAACCUCAGCAAGAAGCAGAAGCAGACGCUGCGCAGGAUGGUCAUCGACAUGGUUUUAGCGACAGACAUGUCCAAACACAUGAGUCUGCUGGCGGAUCUGAAGACCAUGGUGGAAACCAAGAAGGUGACCAGCUCCGGCGUCCUGCUGCUGGACAACUACACCGACCGGAUGCAGGUCCUGCGGAACAUGGUUCACUGUGCGGACCUGAGCAACCCCACCAAACCCCUGGACCUGUACCGGCAGUGGACCGACCGCAUCAUGGACGAGUUCUUCCAGCAGGGCGACCGGGAGCGGGAGAGGGGGAUGGAGAUCAGCCCCAUGUGCGACAAGCACACAGCGUCGGUGGAGAGGACUCAGGUCGGCUUCAUCGACUACAUCGUCCACCCUCUGUGGGAGACGUGGGCGGACCUGGUGCAUCCGGACGCGCAGGACAUCCUGGACACCCUGGAGGACAACAGGAACUGGUACCAAAGCAUGAUCCCUCAGAGCCCCUCGCCGCCUUUCUACACCAGCGACGGAGAAGGAGGCCCCGGCGAGGCGGAGGACCGGCCGGGCGCCACCAAGUUCCAGUUCGAGCUGACGCUGGACGAGCAGGACGGAGGCGGCGGCCCGAUGGACACGGAUUCGACCGACGGGCGUGACCCGAUGAGCCUGGGAGAUCUCCCGUCCGAUCGGGACGCGCUGGACGACGUCUCCGCGGCAGAGACAUAGCCGAACUCGUCCCGCUGCCGGAAACACGGCGGUUUUUUUCGCUGAUUGAAUUUUAUUGCAGUGGAGCAAUCCUGCAGCCUGGCUCCCCGGAGCCGCCUGGCCGCCGGGGCCGGACUGACGCUGGGGUUCCGUUGGGGUUCCGCUGGGGUUCCGCUGGGGUUCCGCUGGGGUUCCGCGGCCUGGAGACCCUGCAGCAGGUUGUUUUUGAGCCCCUCCGGGUGGGCGGAGAGUCCAGCCUCUCAAAGAGGGACGGAGUGUGGCGUCCUCCAGAGUGUGAAGUGGGACGUCUGAAUUCAUGUUCUGAGACACGGAAAAUACAAACUUGCACUUCAGGAUCUACUUUUUUUUUUUUGUUUGUUUUCUAAUCGGUCCUUUUGGGUUAUUUGUGUUGAUUUUGUUUUUUCCAGACUGGACAGCGCCUGGUCCGCUGGUGGACAACCGCUGGCUCACUGUAACCCAGUGGUUUUAAUACUCAAGACUUUAGUAGUGUGCCUUUUUUUUUUCUUCUUUUUUACGAUUGUGUCUUUUUGUAAAUGUUUUUUUUUUUCCUAUUUAUUGAACACAUCGAUGUAGCUGUAGAGCGUGUUAGAUUUACACAGAAACAGACUUUGUCACACCGUCUUCCUGACCUUCCUGCAAUACGACACGCUUCGCUCUCACCACAGUGGAUGUAUUCCUAAAAAAAAAAAAAAAAUCAGUAGACUUCCCAGCACGAUUUGCACUUUGUGGCAGACUGUCAGAGCGGAGCGGCGUUCAUGGAACACAUAAUGAGAAACACACGGAACCAAAUGAUUUUAUCCGACAAGUCCAAAUCAUCACGGCCGAAUAACGUCCGAUUCCGAUGGAUAGACGAGCUUUCUGUAGCUUUCAACCCAAAAACGUAAAAACCUCCAAAGAUCUAGUUUGGGAAGCUGGUUGCUGAACUCCUGGCGUCGCCACAGGGCCCAGGAGUCUCUGGAGGGGGAGGGAUCGGUUCCUCGCCUCUCCCGACGGGAAAAUCGCGGCUCAUGAAGCCGCCUGUUUAACACAGAUCGAGGAUAAAAGUCCCUGCUUUCGUCACGGGCCGGAAAACCCGUUUCCGCCCUGUGACUUCCCCGUUUCGCCGCCGUGCAGCGCACACACCUGCUGCGGCGAGCGGCAUUCCAUUCCGGUGAGCGCGCUCCAGCCGCCAACCCUUCCAGAUUCUGAGCGACUGAAAGACGGCGUGCACGCUUCGGAGAGACGCCCGUCUGCGUGAGGAGUCGGUGGAUUGUGUAGAUUCGGUCGCAGCACUUUGACGUGGGCAGUUCUGCAGCUGGUCGCUGAUCUGCCCAACACUACCGCCGCGGUACAACGUUUGUAUGGUGUGACUGAUGCCCGUGUGAGUGUGUGAGAGAGUGUGUGUGUGUGUGUGUGAGUGGAGUGUGUCUGGUAACAACGUCGCACAAUCGUGUCGCGCCCGCCUGUGUUGUGCUGACCCCUGAAGCUGUUUGUAACAGUAUAUUUAUUACCUUUCACUUGUAUCUGAUACCGACUGACGAUGUUCUUGUAUAUUUGGUAUUAUUAUUUAUCUGCGCCGCCGGACCGCCGGUCCGCCUGACUGAACUCGUCUGACGGCUCGUCUGUACUCAGCCAGGUUUUCUGCUGUCGGAGUUUAUGCAAAGCCAGUUGUGACAGUCUGUUGCCGUUUGGUUUGAGAGUUCAGCUGGAGAUGUUCAUACAGCGGACGCCUCCCAGGAGCGGCGGCGGCGGUGGCUGCAGCAUUCCUCCUGUUGGAUUCUGACGGCCGAGGCCGGUGUACGGUGACGGGUCAUUGUACAGCUGUAAGGAUAUUUGCUGAAAUAUAUAGCAUUGUUUCAAAUGUAUUUUUUCAGUGUUUUCCUCACAAUAUAUUGUAAAACGGUGUUUGUUGUGCUCAGAAAAUGUUUUCUAUCGAUCAUUAAAAUGGGCAUGUACAACGGA